AUGGAGUACGCUCUCGUCCAAUGGGACUCUGGCGACACUUCGCACGCGCGCGCGCUCUUCCGCGCCGGCGCGGCCGUGCCGCCUAGCCACCAGCACCCGCCCCUGUACGAGGCCUGGGCGCGGCGCGAAUACCAGGCCGGCAACCUGGAGGCCGCCGCGGCGCUGCAGCGCGCGUGCGACGCGCUGCUGCUCGUGCGGCGGCGGCCGCUGGGGCACGACGGGCGGGGGGGCGGCGAAGAGGGCGGCGGGGAGGCGGCGGGGGCCGCGGCGGAGGCGGUGGCGGCGGCUCUGGCUGAGGUGGAAAGAGUGGCGCCGCGGCGGCCGCCGCGGGAAAGAGCUGCUGCUGCUGCGGCGGCGGCGGCGGCGAUGGCGGCAGGGCUGCGCGCCGCCGCUGCGCCGGGCGCGCUAUCGGCUGAGGCAACGGGCGACACGGCCGGGGCUGGGGCGGGGGCGGAGCCGCGGGGCCGGCGGCGGAGAAAACGGCGGAAGGAGCGCGCGGACCCUGAAGCAUUGCAAGAAGAGUGA